AAGACUGCAUAGGGGUGUCUGUAGGGGUGUAGAGGGGCACGUAGGGGCUCUCCGGUCUGUAUAGAGAUGUACAGGGGAUUGUAUCAGGAUCCAUAGGGGAGUGUAAAGCAGCACAUGGGGUGUUGUAUAGGGGCACGUGAGGUAUAGGAGCAUGUAGGGGUGCAUAGGGGCACCUAUAGGCGUGUGGAGAGAUGCAGGCGCAGCUAUAGGUGCGCAUACGCAUAUCUAUGUGUGCAGCACCACCACUGAGCCCCUGCUGAGACCACCCUGCUCGUGACUCCUGUGGCACCAGUGGUAGGACCCAGCUGGGGGGGGGCUCAUUAAUUAAUUAGCGAGGGGAGGGCUAAUUAAGAGCCCCCCCCCAAAGCUCCGUUAUGCGGGUGACACCAUGCCAGGCCACCUUGGCGGGGGCCAUCGGCCUCAACCUCCUCCUCUACUGUGCCUGGAGGGACCGGGGGGGGGUCACCUCCCUCCUGCUGUCCCCCCCCCGCAGCAUCCCCAGCAUCCCCAUCCUUCUCUGGGACUUUGAGAACGACCUGGCGGGGACAGCCCGAUCCUUCGCCUCUUUACCCGUCCCGGUGCUGGUGGCUGCUGAAACGGCACCGUAUCCACCGGUACCGUUACCAGCAGAGGUUGGCCUGUUACCACUGUGCCCCACGGCCGACCGUCCUCCGCCAUUGGCGCAUCCCAAGCUCCACGUCCGCAUCCACCACACAGCUUUGGUCCCUGACGGCACCCAUGCCGUCCCUGGGCUGCUGGAACACGUGGGACACGCUGGAAGAAGGGCCGGUGACACCCGGUUGGUGGCGGCACCGGUGGGAUCAGUGCCGUUGCGGUGCCAGGAGCUGAGGUUGGAACCGCGGGCGUGGACGGCGCGGUAUGGCCCCAGCGCACCAGGGGUUUGCCGGGCGGUAGAGGGAACGGCAGUGCUGCUGCUUCGCACCCGUGACCUCUUCGCUCUCCCCUUCCCCUUGGCGCGACCAGUGCCCACUGCACUCUUUGUCCAGGCAGCGUUCCGAGGCUGGGGGCUGAGGUUGAUGCCGGCGGCAUUCCCAGCAGCUCGCCGACCUCCCAUCUCCCCCCACGGCCGCUGGAAAGCUGAAAACCUGGCGGAAACCCGACGACGUCGGUUGAUGCACGACCUCGGCAUCAAACGGGAGGUGCUGGCGGAUGGGCGGGAGCGCUGGUAUGGCUGCAGCAAGGACACGGCGCGAUGCUUUGGCACGGUGCACGCCCGUACCCCCCAGUACCUCCUUGCCGGGCGGUGGACCCCCCCAUGCUGCCUACGGGCGCUGCGGGAAACCGCCCAACACGUAGCCGGGAUCCUGGAGGCCGCUGGUGUACGGUACUGGUUAGAGGGGGGGUCGUUACUGGGGGCUGCCCGCCUCGGGGACAUCAUCCCUUGGGAUUACGAUGUGGAUUUGGGAAUUUACCGGGAAGAUGUGCGUAAAUGCCGGUGGCUGGCGGCAGCGGCAGCAGGGGAGCCAGUGGAAGACACUGAGGGUUUCCUUUGGGAGAAGGCAGCGGAGGGAGACUUUUACCGCGUCCACUACAGUCGGAGCAACCGGUUACAUGUGGAUCUGUGGCCCUUUUACCCCCGUGGGGGGGUGAUGACCAAGGACACCUGGUUGGGGCACCCCCAGGACGUGGAGUUCCCCGAAAGUUUCCUCCAUCCCCGGGUGCCGAUGGCUUUUGCUGGUUUCACUGCCAUGGCACCCAACAACGCCCGCGCCUUCCUCGAGCUGAAGUUUGGGCCGGGAGCCAUCGAAAACCCCGAGUACCCCAACCCCACCGUCAAGUACCUGGGGCAGGACUGAAGGGGGGUGUGUGUCCCCAUGGGGGUCCGUCCCCCCCCCCUGUGACAAUAAACCUUCCUGUGACA